GUGUGCAUUAAUAUUUCUUAUUGAAAUGGUCAUAUGUUUUGUUUGGACCGCCGUUUGUAUUGCAGUAAGUUCAGCAGUUCUUGAAUACUCUUCAUUUCAUGAGUUCAAGAAAUACUUAUUUAUUUGUUGUUUUAGAAUGCCUUCAAUAAGAGUUACAUGCAUGCAUUUGACGAGUAUCGGAGUAAAAAGGCCUUCGAACAAAACGUCAAUAUUGUGCGGCAGCAUAAUAAAUUGUAUGAAAAAGGCGAAAGUAGCUAUCGUUUAAGGACUAAUAUAAUGGCUGAUAUGAACGCCGACUCUUAUCUGAAAGGCUUUCUACGUCUAUUGCGAAAUAAAGGCUUCAGAGCAGAUAUUGAUAUGGACUCGGAGAUUGUGGGCUCACCACUGAUGCAACAAACACCAGAGAAUAUAGACUGGCGUGAAAAAGGCUUCAAAACGCAGCCGGAUAAUCAAAAAACCUGCGGCUCCUGUUACGCUUUUAGCAUAGCUAGGAACAUUGAGGGGCAGGUAUUCAAGCGAACCGGGCGCCUGUUACAUCUGAGUCCGCAGCAAAUUAUAGAUUGUAGUGUAUCGCAUGGUAAUCAGGGUUGUACUGGUGGAUCUUUACGGAACACAUUGAAAUAUUUGCAGGAUACUGGUGGUUUAAUGCGGGAACAGGAUUACAAAUAUGUUUCAAAGAAAGGCGUAUGCCAAUUUGCUGGAGAACUGGCUGUUGUGAAUGUCACAUCGUGGGCAAUAUUGCCAGCUAAGGAUGAGAAAGCAAUUGAGGCGGCAGUGGCUCACAUUGGGCCGGUACCUGUCUCCAUAAAUGCCAGUCCACGCACUUUUCAGCUUUACAGCGAUGGUAUUUACGACGACGACUCUUGCGCUUCAGACACGGUCAACCAUGCUAUGCUUGUUGUGGGCUACAACACAGAUUAUUGGAUUCUAAAGAAUUGGUGGGGCGAAUUGUGGGGAGAGAAUGGGUACAUGCGUUUACGUAAGGGGAAAAAUUUGUGUGGCGUUGCUAACUAUGCAGCCUAUUCUAUUGUUUAGUGAAUUUUUACUUCAUAAUAUGGGAUAUAUGGGAUUAUGGACAAAAUAAAAUGAAAUGAAAGCCAAACCAUGAA